AUGGCAGCUCGAGAAGGCCUCGGAUUGGCGAGGUCACUCGUUCUGACCAUCCCGCGUAUACGUAUACGGCCUCUGCCUUUUCCACAUACCUCUGCUUCUGGACCGUCAACAUCAAUUCCCUUGCGACUCUUCUCAACUCAUAUCAGAUGUGAUAGGAUACCACGGAGUCAAUCUCGCUACUCUGCUUUCCCCCAUUGCUCUCGGCCAACGUUCACACAGAUACGGUACAACUCCAGCUCCAGCUCCAAGAUAGAUUCCUCAAGGUCUAGUUCAGUAGAACAAUCAAUAGAAGAAGACCAGGAUCAAGAAAAGGACAAAGCACCAUCGCCUAUCCCUAUACAUCCCCUGGCCCCAAUAGCUCCACCAUCAGCAACUGCCGAUAUAACACCUACGACCGCAAGUGGAGGAUCAAGUAAAGAUCCUAAACCUGAUGCAUCCUCAAUAUUGAAAUUGUUAUCGUUGGCAAAACCACAAUGGCCCCUUUUGACUGUCGGAGUGGCAUGUCUAUCGGUAUCUACAGCUGUCAACCUAUCUAUCCCAUGGGUGAUAGGUAGAAUCAUAGAUUUCUUUACUCCCGGUCAGGAAAAUACACUCUUGCUUGGUCUCCCACUCGAGCAAGCUACUGGUGCCUUGGCGGUGGUACUGUUAAUUGGUGCAGCUGCGAAUUCAGGAAGGAGUAUAGCUCUUAGAUUAGCUGGCCAGAGGACUGUUGCGUCUAUCAGGAACCAGACAUAUGGCAAAUACCUAUCAUUACCUCCAUCGCACAUUGAAACUGCCGGAGUCGGAGACGCCCUCUCACGUUUAGGUCAAGAUACAUCAAUCGUAGGACAGAGUCUAAGUGAGAAUUUGGGUGAAGGUCUAAAAGCUAUAUUGGGUGCUGGAGCAGGUAUAGGAGCGAUGUACCUCAUCUCACCAACAUUGACAUUCGUGAUGCUCUGUAUCAUCCCACCUAUCGCCGUCGGUACUUUCUUCUAUGGUCGGUUCAUCAGGAAACUAUCACUCAAGACUCAAGAAGCUAUGGGAGGAAUGUCGAAAUUGGCCGAAGAGAGAUUAUCUGCCCACCGUACCGUCACUGCUUCAAAUACCCAAUUAUCCGAACGGGCGUUAUAUUCAUCAAAAGUUGAUGGCGUAUAUAAAUUGCAAAAGAAGGAAACUUUUGCGAAUGGGAUUUUCCAAGGUGCCAAUGAAGUCGCCGGUGAUAUUGGUAUGAUCGGAUUGUUGAUCUAUGGUGGUGUAUUGGUGAAACGAGGUGAAAUCACCGUUGGUGAUAUGACUUCUUUGUUCAUCUAUGUCAAUUGGAUCGAAUGGAGUUUGAACACCCUCGCUGGAUUCUUCACUGGUUUGAUGAAAGGUGUUGGAGCUUCUCAGCGUAUCAUUGGCCUUCACGCGCUCCCACCUCCCAUACCUUUAGGAGAAGGAGAAACGAUCGCCAAAUCGCGUAGUGGCUCAAUCGAAUUACGGGGGGUAGAUUUCGCCUAUCCUUCCAGACCCGAUGCCAAAGUAUUGAACGGAUUGAACCUCAGGAUCGAUAAAGGGGAAAGAAUCGCGUUAGUCGGCGGAAGUGGAUCGGGAAAAUCAUCAAUCCAGCUUCUUUUACUCAGAUUCUACGACCCAACCUCCGGUUCAGUCGUGUUUGAUGGUCAAGACAUAAAAUCGUUUGUUCCUGAAUCAUGGCGAUCAAGGAUAGGUAUCGUACCUCAAGAUCCAAUCUUAUUUGGUGGUACGAUCGAACAGAAUAUUGCAUAUGGUCAUCUAAAUGCUACAAGAGAAGAGGUCAAACGUGCGGCUAGAGUAGCUCAUUGCGAUUUCAUUGAGAAUUUACCUCAGGGCUAUGAUACUAUCAUCAACAAGAACAGUCUAUCCGGUGGUCAGCGUCAGCGUAUAGCUAUUGCUCGAGCUCUUGUCGGUAAUCCGUCGGUCUUACUCAUGGACGAAGCGACUUCAGCCCUCGAUUCGGAAUCCGAACGAGCUGUCAAUGCGGCUCUCAACGAUCUCUUCGCCAACUCGGAUAUCACUGUCAUUCUUAUCGCCCAUAGACUGUCUUCGAUCGCCUCGGCUGAUAGGGUAGUAUUGCUUGACGGUGGAUCAGUAGCUGAAGAUGGUACAUAUCACGAUCUGAUCACUCGAAGACAUGGUAAAUUCAGAAAGAUGGUAGAAGGUCAACUGGCGAAGAUUGAGAUUGGUGAACCCACAGUCAUCGACCCUGCUCCUCCAUCUGAGGGUGAAGGUCUCCCUCCGCCUCAAGCCGCCGCCAUAAGUGCCUCGCCCGCAUCUGCGAAAUCAGAUGUACAAGCUCCUGCUGCUAGUGCUUCAUCGAAGGAGCGCGCAUCUAUCAAAGCGUCUUCGUCUCCUUCUCAGCGUCGUCAAAAUCACACAUCAGCUCUUCAGCGCCCGUUCUUCACCGCUCAACCUGCGCCUUACUCUCCUCCGUUCAAGACCGUUUACGGUGCUGCCAAUGCUCCUAUCCCUGCCCUACCGGAUCUUCCCAUCCCUCAUAUCACAUCGCCGGCAGCUCCUCUGUCAGCCUACCGACCGCUUACACCAUUGAACUUGAAACGGUUAAUGACGGUCUACUCUCAGCUCUCCAAACGAAAUUUGACUAUUCUCAUGACUCUCACCGCUACCACCGGACUCGCCCUAUCACCGCUACCAUUGUCGAUACCAUUGUUGUUCAACCUUACUAUCGGAACAUUGUUAACUUCUGCAGCAGCAAACACGUUCAACCAGAUCCUCGAAAUACCCAUCGACGCUCAGACACCUCGUACCAGGGUCAGACCCUUAUGUAUGAGGAAGAUCACACCCUUCCACGCAUUCAUGUUUGGAAUGACAUGUACGGUUCUUGGUGGUAUCAUCCUAUGGUACGGGUGUAAUCCGACUACUGCAGCUUUGGGAAUAGGAAAUCUCAUUCUUUACGCUGGAAUCUACACGCCUAUGAAAAGGUUCUCGGUAUCGAAUACAUGGAUCGGGGCUAUUGUAGGUGCGAUCACCCCCUUGAUGGGAUGGACAGCUACAGGUGGAGCGUUAUGGCCUACACCCGAACAACCUUUACAAUUCAACCUUCCCCCCUUUCUCGGUUCCGGUGAAUUCAAAUUCGACGGUAGUAUUCCUAACCCCUUGACGCCCUUAUGUUUGUUUUUGUUAUUGUUUUCAUGGCAAUUCCCACAUUUCAACUCGCUCUCACAUAUGAUCCGACCUUUCUAUGCGUUAUCAGGAUAUCCAAUGUUAUCUGUCCUUUCACCCAAGUUGAACGCCUUGGUCUCCCUGCGGCAUUCUGUACUUCUUAUACCAUUCACUAUGAUCCUUACUCCGCUUUCUGGAUCAGUAGAUUGGAGUUUUGCUUUAACGGCCGCUUUACCGAAUUUCAUAUUUACUAGAGAUUCAUGGAAGUUCUACAAGACGCCUACAGAAGCUAUAGCGAAGAAGUUGUUCUUCACCAGUUUGUGGUAUUUGCCCGUGGUAUUGGGAUUGAUGUUGGUUCAUAAGAAUAUAGCGGGAUGGUUGGUCAGUGUGAACGACGAGGAGAAGGAAGAGGAGAAGCAGAGGAUAUAG